GAUGUGUGGAGGCCGGGCGGGAGCCGGAGAGCAGUGGAGCGGCUGUUAGGUGUGAGAGGUGUAGAAGCACUCAUCUCAUCUUUGGUGCUCGGCUUCGCCUCCACAGCGUCCUGUAACCUUUCCUGGGGUCCUGUCUGCCUCAUUCUUAGGUCCUUUGCCUCUUGUUCUGGAAAUCCUGCUUCCUGCCGCAAGAUGCCCCAGCUCGGACUCCUACAUUGGAGACCCUGGACUGUGUUGCUUGGUCAGCUCCGGCGGCCGCCCGGUGCUGUGUGCAUCAGGGCAGUCCGUUCUCACAGUCAGGUUGCAGAGGCACUGUUUACAUCCCAACUGAAACCUCAUCAAGAGAAGUCAAAUUUUAUUAUCAAGACCCCAAAGGGUACCAGAGAUCUUAGUCCCCAGCAGAUGGUGGUGAGGGAGAAAAUUCUUGAUGUGGUUGUUAGCUGCUUUAAACGUCAUGGAGCAAAGGGGUUGGAUACCCCGGCAUUUGAACUAAAGGAGAUGCUCACUGAGAAGUAUGGAGAGGACUCUGGGCUCAUCUAUGACCUGCAGGAUCAGGGCGGAGAGCUGCUGUCAUUGCGCUAUGACCUUACUGUCCCUUUUGCUCGUUAUCUGGCAAUGAAUAAAGUGAAGAAGAUGAAACGCUAUCAUGUUGGAAAAGUGUGGCGGCGGGAGAGCCCAACCAUAGUCCAAGGCCGCUACCGGGAGUUCUACCAGUGUGAUUUUGACAUUGCUGGUCAAUUUGACCCUAUGAUCCCUGAUGCAGAAUGUUUGAAGAUCAUGUGUGAAAUCCUUAGCGGAUUGCAGCUGGGGGAUUUUCUCAUUAAGAUCAAUGACCGGCGGAUUUUGGAUGGAAUAUUUGCUGUCUGUGGUGUUCCUGAAAGCAAGUUCCAUGCCAUCUGCUCCUCAGUAGACAAACUAGACAAGAUGUCUUGGAAAGAUGUGAGACAUGAGAUGGUGGUAAAGAAAGGCCUGGCUCCUGAAGUGGCUGAUCGAAUUGGGGAUUAUGUCCAAUGUCAUGGUGGGAUAUCCUUGGUGGAGCAAAUGUUCCAGGAUCCCAGACUAUCCCAGAACAAGCAGGCCCUAGAGGGCUUGGGAGACCUGAAGCUGCUGUUUGAAUACCUGACUUUAUUUGGAGUUGCUGAGAAGGUCUCCUUUGACCUGAGCUUGGCUCGAGGCCUGGACUACUAUACAGGAGUGAUCUAUGAAGCAGUGCUGCUACAGACCCCAGUGCAUGCUGAGGAGGAGCCACUGAAUGUGGGCAGUGUGGCUGCUGGUGGUCGCUAUGAUGGGCUGGUGGGCAUGUUUGACCCCAGAGGCCACAGGGUGCCAUGUGUGGGGCUCAGCAUUGGAGUAGAGCGAAUCUUCUCCAUUGUGGAGCAGAGGAUGAAGAUUUUUGGUGAGAAGAUACGGACCACAGAGACCCAAGUGUUUGUGGCCACACCACAGAAGAACUUUCUUCAAGAACGGUUGAAGCUAAUUGCAGAGCUUUGGGAUGCUGGGAUCAAGGCAGAGCUGAUGUAUAAGAACAACCCUAAACUACUACCCCAGCUGCACUACUGUGAGAACAUGGGCAUUCCACUGGUGGUCAUUAUUGGUGGCCAUUAAACGGGAAAAUCUAGUGGCUGAAAUUCAGAAACGACUGUCUGAGUCUUGAUCAUUACCCGAAUGCCAUCUGCUACUCUUUGUAGAAAAGGUUUCACCUAGGACUGACUUCCUAAAGGACUUCACACCUGCUGGCCAGAAUGGGUGACAAGUGUUUCUGGAUCCUUAUCUUUUCUGUGUACAGAACUAUAGAAUGCCCUGAGGACUCCUAGGCUAGUGUGAGCAGCUAUGCUGCAUGGGCACACAUGAUGGCUGGUAUGUGAAAGAGAUAUGCUGUAACUGCCAAGGCAGAUGGCAGGUUUGAAAUGCCAUUGAAUGCUACCAACAAUGUGCUGAGAUGGUUGCUGUCAGCAAGUCUCUGGGAAAGUCACCUCAGGUUGAGAGGAUUCUGAACCAUUGAGAUCAAAAGUGAUAUAUUUAGCCUUCUACUAUGGCUUCUGGAAAGUUUGUCCAAAACCUAGUCAUGGGCUGUCCAGGGAGUUUUGGGGAGACAGCAAGGAGGGGAAGUGACUGCUUUCUGUUCUGUUUAAAACAGAGGUGCUAUCCUAAGGGCAUUGCACUGCCCAUAUUGAUGUGGCAUCUCUUUAGCCCAUUCACGUUAAUAAUAACAGGGUGAGCCUGUUUGUUUAAUAAUCUUGAACAUUGAACUUAAUAGGUGACCUGACAAAAUGGAGAUAUGAUUUUGGAGCCCAUUACCUGUGCCGGAAUCACUUCUCUGAUUUCCAUGUCCUGCCAUGGAGGUGGCUGUUCUUGAAGUGGUUGUAUAAUAUAUUAAAUAAAAUUUAAAUGGA